AUUGCUUCAACACAGGCAUCGAGCGACGCGGAGGGGGGGGGAAAGAAAAAAUAAGAAAUAUUUCAUUAAAAAGGGGAAGAUAAUUUAUCUGGCACUGCCUGAAAUCGAGCCAAAGACUUCGAGACAGAUGGCUGCCACUCAGGAUGCAAAAGGGAAGGGGGAGGGCGGCGACCAAAACUUUGACUACAUGUUCAAGCUUCUGAUCAUUGGCAACAGCAGCGUGGGCAAGACGUCCUUCCUGUUCCGCUACGCUGACGACGCCUUCACCUCGGCCUUCGUCAGCACUGUGGGCAUCGACUUCAAAGUGAAAACAGUGUACAAAAACGACAAGAGGAUCAAGCUGCAGAUAUGGGACACAGCAGGCCAAGAGCGUUACAGGACCAUCACCACGGCAUACUACCGCGGCGCCAUGGGCUUCAUCCUCAUGUAUGACAUCACCAACGAGGAGUCCUUUGGCGCUGUGCAGGACUGGUCAACCCAGAUAAAAACAUACUCGUGGGAUAACGCGCAAGUGGUGCUGGCAGGGAAUAAGUGUGAUAUGGAUGAGGAGCGGGUGGUGUCUGUGGAUAGCGGAAGACUGCUGGCGGAGCAGCUGGGUUUCGAGUUCUUUGAGACCAGCGCCAAGGAUAACAUCAACGUCAAGCAGACCUUUGAGCGUCUGGUUGACCUCAUUUGCGACAAGAUGUCCGACAGCUUGGACGGCGACCCGGCCGUCACCACGGGAGCGCCCACCGCCAAACUGACAGACAGUGCUCCGCCCCUCCAGCAGCCUGCCUGCAACUGUUAGUGCCACCAGAGAGGCUCAAAGGGAGGGCAGGACACUUCCUGUAAGGUGUUCAUUAUUUUUUUCAUUUUUUAAAUUUCUCUUGUCAUCUUGUCCUCCCUAAACUGUUUAGUGGUAGUUACUAAAUGCUGUCGUAUUAGCGCCAAACCUUUAACACCUUCUAACAUGAGCAAAUAAGACGUUACAGGAUAUACACUUAUUAGGGACGCCGUCAAUAACCGCCAUGUUUGUAGUUUAUAGUCCAGUCAUCGUAAAAAGACCAUAGUGAUAUUUUUAUGUAGCUCUUUAUUUACAGUCUUGUAAGGCUGCCAAAUAUGUGAAUUAAGGCGCUUGAGGAGGCUGUGUGUUUGAGAAUGAACAAUACUGUACUAUGAGGAAUCACCUGCCUGGAUUUUUUUUUUUAAGUGGCCUUUUAGCAUCUCCAACAUGGCCUCUGUCCUGUGUGCUGUCCAAAAGAGGCCCUUUACAUGAUCUUAGCAUGCUGCUUAAAAAAGCCAAUCCUGCGUGUUGUUUUUGUUCUUAAAUCCAGCCAUGUUAACUUUACCAUGCUGUAUUCCAGACUGCUGGGUAGUAGGAAAUACAACACUUCCGGGUUCCAGUUCAACAACGAAGAUGGCCGACUAGUUGUUUUGCAUGUGCAGUAUAUAAAAGUAUAAAAACCUCACACACAGAGACCGCAGCUAUAUAUUUUCAUAUUUUUAACUAGCAUAUUCCAUGUACGAAAAUAUUCCAUCUAGCAAAACAAAUAAAUACAGAUACAGGUAUGUUGUUUAGCGUUCACAAUGGACGCCGCCAUCACUGUGUGACGUCAUGAGCGCGGCUCUCUGCGAUUGAACGAACUUUUCCGACUUCCCAGUGGUCUAAAACACAUCAUUAAUAACACACAAAUGAGUCAGAAUUGUCUACUAAAAGUGACACAGCCAAGUAAGUGUAAGAUACACACCUGCGGUGGAGGAAUUGACAGCCAUAGUUUCCUUCCGGAGUUGAGCAUGCUCAUUGUUUAUGUUAGUGUUCAUAGAACAAGCGCUCCCUCUAGUGGGAGCGUACAGCACUGCAAGUGAGCUCUCGUGUCCAAGUUGUACUGUAGCUUACUUUAAAUAUCCAGAAAAGGCCUUUGGUUCUGUAGAACACUUGCAAUCAAUUUAAUAAGUGUGCCAAAAGAAGACAAAAAAUAUAGUCCCUUAGCAUUGCUGUUCGUUUGUUGCAUAGUUGAUGAUAGCUGCAGGAAAUUGCAUGAAGUCCGUCCUUGCAAGUAGAUUUAUAUUCUGGUAUAAAUAUAAUAUAUGUGUAUAUAUAUAUAAAUAUAUAUAUAUAUAUAUAAUAUUAACGCUAUGUAUCAUCAGAUUUAAAAGCACGCUCACAGCACUUGCUGUGACAUGCAAUGGGCCAAUAAGUGCAAUAUUUUAUGAAUUCAAACCCUGUAAAUAGUCUCUCCAGUUCGAUGACUGCAGUGUGUGGUGUGUGUGUGCGUGUGGUUGUGGGGGGGUAUACAGAGGAGUAGUGUGUUGUUUGUGUAAACCUUUUUUUAAAAAAAUGAAAAAAGAUGUCUUCCCUGCCACGUGUCGGUCGUGUUCUCCAUGUUGUCGUGAAGUCGUCGGGGAAGAGAAAGUAGCUCACAUUAAUAAUAAGCCACACAAUUAAAGGGAUCAACUAGACUUUGUGCAUGUGCGUGCGUGCGUGUGUGUGCGUGUGUGAUAUUAGCAUUUGAUGCCAAUAGCCAUGUGUCAAUCUCAAGUGAAAAUAAAGUAAAAUCAUCAAUUAAGUAGGGCCAAGUGUCAUUUUCCAGCAUGGGGAUUUUAUUAUUGACAGAGAGGAAAUGUUUGUCAACGCAAGACGUUUUAUUUGACUUCUUUUUGACAUUGUAGGAAAUAAAACAAUUUCAAUGGUUUGGCUUUUGUGUGUUUAUUUGCAUCAGAAAGCCUGACUGCCUUUUGACCUUUUUAAAAUCUCAUUUUUAGAUUUUUUUUGUAAUUAUUGGUCAGAAAAUAUACAUAAUUAAGCAAAUGUAUAUUUGGCAUAAAUUAAGAAUUUUCAAGCAUAAAAAUGGCUAAAUGAACUAAAAUACAAAUAUAAGCUAUUCAAAAGAGGCAUUCAAAGACGCUGUGAGUGAUAUGUAGCAUGCUACACUAGUCACUAGGUGUCAGUAAUGUUACUGUAAUGCUCAGUGUGACACACAAGCACCAGACUUGAUCGCUGGAGCAAAAGGCUGCCACUUUUUACUACUUAAUUUCCAGUGCUUCAGCAAAAAUACGAAAUAUAAUACAAAAUCUUAUUGAAAAAAAAAUGUAUGUAAUAAUUGCUUUGAAAAAAACAAAUACAUAAAAAAAAUGAAAAUAAAUAUAAUUAAACAAAACACAGAUUAGGCAGAAUCAACCCAUGCUUUUAAUCCAUUGCAUAUAAAAAACAUUUUUUGUUUUUUUUUACAUAAAGUUGUUUGCUCUACAGUGCUAUCCAAUAGACUGCAAUUAACAAGGAUUCCAUUAAAAUAACAUUUGAAUUUGUCCUGUGAAACGUCCGGACAAGUUGGCAUUCUAAAGACAGAACCCCCCAAAAAUAAUUGUCCCGAAGACCUUUUAUUUAUUUAUUUUUUAAAGUUACAGUUUGUGUUUUCCUUUCACUCCAUUAAAAAAAUAGAACGCGUAAAAGAGGAAAAACAAGAACCCACUGUUUCCAUUGGUCCAGGGCUGUUUAGCGUCUACAGUAUAUGUGUCAACAGAAGAGUCUCUGGGAUGUUCUAUUGCCAGGAAAGGGGGCGUGGGGCCUUAGCGACACACAGUGUGUUUCAGCCAAAUUUAAUGCAGCAGCGGCUGAACAUGCAUGUGUGUGUGUGUGUGUGUGUGUGUGUGUGUGUGUCGCUGAGCCUGUGUGCUUUCCUAUAUUGGCUUGAGGUUAUGUUGCAGCCAGGACAGGACAGAGUGGUACCUCUCUUGUUUCGUUACCCGGGGUGGGGAUGGGGUCAAUUUGGCUUCAAAAGCAAAAAACAAAACAAAACAAAACAAAAAAAGGCAGUUUAUUGAGAUUAUCAAAAGAGGUUCGGAGGUCAUCACUAAUGCAGCAGAAGAAUAAUAAUAAAAUAACGUGAAUAUUAACAAAAAGGGUGACAAAGUGUUGAAUUUAAGGCACAGCCCAUGGGCCAAGAAACAGUUGCUGUUAGAGAAAAAUUUGGUUUAUCCCCACCCUGGACCCCCUCCCUCCCCUCCAAGCUGCUUCUUAGACAAGCAACCUUUUUUUUUCCAAACUUUUUUUUUUUUUAAACACAUUCUCUCAACAAGAGGUACGUGAUUUACAGCCACACCAUCACCAAAAGGGAUGAUUAAGAGUCAACCAUUUACAACAAACGGUGUUAUGAUAGCAAUAACAUUAAUAAUAAUAAUAAUAAUAACUAUAUAGUAUAUACACAACAAUAAAUAUCAUGUUUGUAAACAGCCAUUAAAACUGGAUAAAUCGUAUUACAGGUAAGGGCAUCGGGUGAGCGUGACAAUAAAAAGGAAAACAUGAAAAUAAAAUUGGCACAAACAUGUUAGAUUAAAUAAAGAGUGACAAAAAAAAAAAAAUCAGUGUGCAGUCUUCAAGUGUGUUUUUCCUUUUUUUUUUGGUACUAUUUUUAUGUACACAGAAGCAAAAUGGAAAAUAGCAAAAUAAAAGUAAUAAUAUUUGGGUUUUGGAACUGGCAAGCCUGUUUAUGCUACAGUGAUUUGUUUACUGUGCCACCUUUAUGCGUUAACGCAAUACACUGAGGAAAAAUAUAAAACAUAUCAAUAAAUACAAAAAAAAUAAAAAAAUGAAUGCGUGAGACUCAUUGGCAUGUUACUACGACAGAGUAUUAGGGCCACAUUGGGAAAAAAAAAAUCGUAGAUUUCGAGAAUAAAGUCGUAAAAUUAUGAGCAAAAAAGUCGUAAAUUUACAAGACAAAAUGUUGUAAUAUUAUCUUUGCCCAAGGCCACAGGUCACAUAAGUCCCCCCUUUUCAUAGCUGUCUCAGGCAAUGCCUGUUACAAAGGAGUAUUAAAAUAAUCGGACAUUUUGAGAAUAAAGUCUCAAAUUUACGAGAAUAAAGUCAUAAAUUAACAAGAAAAAACUUGUAAUAUUACGAGAAUAAAGUUGUAAAUUUACAAGAAAAAACUUGUAACUUUUCAGGCAUUGCAUUACAAG